AGAGAAAAUCUAGUCAGUGUACCUCGAGACACCUUACGAGUCAGUUCUCAGUCCUGUUGCAUUUUCAUUCUCAUAGUGUACGUAUCUCGCCCGAGCAUAUUGCGCUACCGAUUUCCAGACCCAACGAGGCCGUGCGACGUCACAGUGAUUGAAAUCUUUCAGAUCAAGCGCAAAACCAAGCUCCAUUAUGACAGGCAAAGAAAACAGCUUACCGACAAGCCACAGUCAUCCAAAAACCAGCCAUGCCAAACCUGUACUGUCGGAAAUCCAAACACAAAAGCCUAAAGAAAAUCGGAGUAAACCCGUCAGCACUUACUCGACUACACCUAUCAAAAAGCAAUACAACUCCAGACCGAUUAAUAAAUCGAACAGUGCCAGGACAUCAAGCGAACUCAUGCCACCGCCUAAAGUGUCAGCAGUGCCAAAGUCUAGAAACGCGACUCCUGUGAAGAAGCCAGCUGGAACAAGCCAAGAAAAGAAAGAAAUCGUCAAACCUCAAGAAACCAAGUCCGCAGACAAGAAGAAGAAGAAGCGAUGGGUCAUAAGUGACUUCAAUAUCGGUCGGCCUUUGGGAAAGGGCAAUUACGGCAACGUUUACUUGGUGAGAGAGAAGAGAUCGAAGUUCAUCGUCGCGAUGAAGGUAAUGUACAAAGAUCAAAUCGUCAAGGCCAACAUCGCGCAUCAAGUGCGCAGAGAAGUCGAAAUACAAACUCAUUUGAGACACCCAAACAUUUUGAGGAUGUACGGAUACUUCCACGACGAUACGAGGGUCUACUUGAUUUUGGAGUACGCGCCAAACGGCCAACUAUUCAGAGAACUGGACAAUCAGCCGAACCGUCGUUUCGACGAGGCAAAAGCUGCCACGUACAUUUCACAACUAGCCGAUGCCUUAAAGUACUGUCACGCAAGAAAAGUCAUCCAUCGGGACAUAAAACCCGAGAAUCUGCUUCUCGGAGUAAACGGCGAACUGAAGAUGGCGGACUUUGGCUGGUCGGUUCAUGCACCUUCUCGAAGAGACACCCUGUGCGGUACUCUCGAUUACUUGUCUCCAGAAAUGGUGAAAGGUCAAGCUUACGAUCACAGCGUCGACUUGUGGGGACUUGGUGUUUUGGCCUAUGAACUGAUUGUUGGCCAGCCGCCGUUUUUGGCGGAUACCUUUCACGAGAGUUGCUGCAAAAUCAAGAAGGCCAGAUACGAAUUUCCGAACCAUUUGAGCAGUGGAGCGAAGGAUCUUAUUUCUAAGUUACUCGUUGUGGAACCAGAAGAUAGGCUGCCUUUGGAUGAUGUUUUGAAUCACCCUUGGAUUGUUGAAAAUCGUACGACGGAACCAGCAGAGGACAGCUUUUAAGAACAAGUUAAAUUGGAGAACAUAACGAUGAUUCGUGCACUAUUAUAUUUUCUUUUCAUUAGAUGAUGUUGAAUUCUGAUCGUAUUCAAAGUAUUCAUCGUUGUAUGAUUUACCAUACUCAGAUCGAGUGAUAAAAAAUUUUACGAAGCGUAUAAUAUGCGGUAUAUACAUAUAUAUUAACUAAUAUAUAUGCAAUCAACAAAUAGGAAAAAAACAAACGAAAAUAUUAAUUGUUGGAACUCGCAUUUAAUUAUAAUUUAACUAUCAUGAUGUUUUACACGAUGAAAUGUAUUUUUAUUUCAAAUAAAUAAUUCACCAUUAUAUACAAAAAAA